GGAAUGAUGUACCUGGAAGAGAGGAGACUUGUCCACCGGGACCUGGCAGCCCGUAAUGUCUUGGUGAAAUCACCAAACCAUGUGAAGAUCACUGACUUUGGCUUGGCCAGACUUUUGGAAGGUGAUGAGAAGGAGUAUAAUGCUGAUGGAGGGAAGAUGCCAAUUAAGUGGAUGGCUCUGGAGUGCAUACACUACAGGAAAUUUACGCAUCAGAGUGAUGUUUGGAGCUAUGGAGUCACUAUUUGGGAGCUUAUGACCUUUGGUGGGAAGCCGUACGAUGGAAUCCCAACUCGAGAGAUCCCCGACCUCUUGGAGAAGGGAGAGCGGUUACCCCAGCCUCCAAUCUGCACUAUUGAUGUUUAUAUGGUGAUGGUGAAGUGCUGGAUGAUUGAUGCUGACAGUCGGCCGAAAUUCAAGGAGCUGGCUGCUGAAUUCUCUAGAAUGGCUCGAGACCCUCAGAGAUACCUAGUAAUUCAGGGAGACGAUCGUAUGAAGCUCCCAAGCCCAAAUGACAGCAAGUUCUUCCAAAACCUUCUUGAUGAGGAAGACCUGGAAGAUAUGAUGGAUGCUGAAGAGUAUCUUGUUCCUCAAGCCUUCAACAUCCCUCCUCCCAUCUACACCUCCAGGACAAGAAUUGAUUCCAACAGGAACCAGUUUGUGUAUAGAGACGGUGGCUAUGCUGCAGAAGUGCCAAUGCCGUACAGAGCUCCUGGCUGCAUCAUACCAGAAGCCCCAGUUGCUCAAGGGGCCACAGCAGAGAUCUUUGAAGAUACUUGCUGCAAUGGCACACUACGAAAACAAGUGUCAACCCUGGCAAAAGAGGACAGCAGCACCCAGAGGUACAGCGCCGAUCCCACAGUCUUCAUACCUGAGCGGGUUGUCAGGGGAGAGCUGGAUGAGGACGGGUACAUGACGCCGAUGCGAGACAAACCUAAAACAGAUUACCUAAACCCAGUGGAAGAGAACCCAUUUGUCUCUCGACGAAAGAAUGGAGAUCUCCAAGCUGUGGACAACCCAGAGUAUCACAACGCUGUGAACGGGCAGCCCAAAGCAGAGGAUGAGUAUGUGAAUGAGCCAUUGUACCUCAACACUUUUGCAAACACCUUGGAAAAUGCCGAGUACCUGAAGAACAAUUUGCCGGAGAAAGCCAAGAAGGCCUUUGACAACCCAGACUACUGGAAUCACAGCCUGCCCCCACGAAGCACCCUCCAGCACCCGGACUACCUGCAAGAGUACAGCACAAAAUACUUUUACAAACAGAACGGACGGAUCCGGCCCAUCGUGGCAGAGAAUCCUGAAUACCUCUCUGAGUUCUCCCUGAAACCUGGCACUGUGCUGCCCCCGCCGCCCUACAGACACCGAAAUACAGUGGUGUAGUGGCCGCAGUCUUACAGAAGUGGAAAGGCAACCCCUUCUAGCUGCCUCACUCUUUCUCUCUCACUCUCCUUUUCUCUCUCUCCCCUCCUUCCCUCCCUCCCUUUCUUUCUCCCAUGAGCUUCCUCUUCUUGCCAGUUCACUCAUUUUUGAUAUUUCCAAGUGAAAGGAUGGCUUGGAGUCAUUUGCAGAUUGGGUUGGGAACCUGGAAGGAAGGAAAGAGACUGAAAGAAGGCGUGUACAACGUGGCGUUUCUCACUUUCCGCAGAUCUGGAGGGUCGGACGGUCGGAGAAGCCAGACAGUACCAGUAAAGGCCAGUGGCAGUGUUGCCUGCUGUCGAGCUAGUUCUUAGUGAUUCAACCCUCACACUGUAGGGAGAGCCACAGAGAGGCUGUUUCUUUCCGCAGGAAUUGAUGAGAGUCUGCACAGCAUUCCUGGAAAUCUCAGUGCAGUUUCCAUUAGGGGGGAAAAUGGACAAUUUUUAUAUCAUGUGUGAUAGCAUAGUAAUUGAGAUUGAGAAUCCAAUUUCUUUCUCUAACAUUUUCUAUCCCAGCAAUGGAAAAUGGCUAACUUAGAUUUCAUUAUCGUUCAGAUCCUCCUCAUGGCUCUCCAAGAAAUUAUGAUGUGACUCUAAUGUAUGGCUAAACCCUUCUUCUGAGCCACACCAUGAUUUUGUGCCAAUUCCUAACCACAGAGACUCCAGCUCAGAACUGGUAAACGACAUGACCAUUUUUGUAUAUGUGCCAACAUGACAAACACUUUAAACACAAAAACCUGUUCAGAAGAGAGUAACAAAACCACACUUCCAACAUGUUCUUUUUGAAGCUAAAAGACAGGCCCAUAAACCAAGAUUUGUAUGCAAAAAGCUUUGCUUUCCUGUUUUAUACCUGCUGACUAGACACAUAAAAAAACCCAAACAAAUUCUUCCCUCUUUCUUCUUCAUGAUCGUGAAGGGAGUUGGGGAUGCUGUCAGGCAACACUGAGGACAAGAUGGAGAACUGGAGAGUUUGAGAUGGGUUAUGAAGUCCACUGGUGUUCUGUGGGGUGGUGGUGGGAAGGGUCCUUUAAACUGGAAGACAGACACUGGACUGGAGAAAACGCACAUAGCAGUUCACUGGAAAGUUAGUUUGCACUUAAGCUCUGAUUUCAUUUGAACUGUUUUCUGGAUUUUGAAUGAAGCAAUAUGGAAGUGACCAGCAAAAUACAAAAU